UCGGUCACAUAAAUUAAUGUCAAACUUUCUCCAUUGCUUUCCUCCCUCCAGAGAGAGAAAGGAGUUAGAGAGAGAGAGAGAGAGAUGAAGGCGUCUCCGUCGUUGAUCCUCGUCCUCGUCUCUCUCUGCGGCCUGGCAGCGGCCGUGAGCUCGCAGUCGGCGGCUUCGGACUCGUGCAGCUCCAACUUGAACGUCGACGGCAUCCCCUUCGACACGACUUCUCUCACCUGCCUCUCCGCUUGGGACUCCGAGAACUUCAUCCUCAGAUACAAGCAAGCAUCGGCAAGCACAUGGAGCUUCGUCCUCUCGGCGCCCACCACCAGCUCCUACAUAGCCAUGGGCUUCUCGAGCAACGGGCGGAUGGUCGGGUCGAGCGCGGUGGUGGGGUGGGUCUCUUCGUCGGACGGGGCCAUGAUGAAGCAGUACGCGCUGGAGGGCACAACUGCGGCCCAGGUCAUGCCCAACCAGGGGACCCUGAACCUCCUGGCGAACUCGUCCAUGAUCGCAUCGCAGUCAAGCCGUCUCUACAUGGCGUUCCAGCUGGACGCGGCCCAGCCCGAGUCGAGGCUGAUCUACUCGGUCGGGCCGUCCGGAUUCACGCCGGUCAAGUCGGGGUAUCGGCUGAUUCAGCACCAGGACAUGACGUCAACCGCCGUGAACUUCGCCUCGGGCCAAACCACAACUCAGAGCAGGCCCUAUACAAGACUGAGGAAGAGCCAUGGGGUAUUGAACAUGUUGGGAUGGAGCAUCUUGAUGAUCAUUGGGAUCAUCGUGGCUCGUCACGGCAAGCAAUACGACCCGAUGUGGUUCUACGUGCACGCUGCCAUUCAAUCCUCGGCUUUCAUUCUUGGUUUGCUGGGAAUCAUCUGUGGGUUCGUGUUGGAAAAUAAGAUCAGUGCCAGUAAUGUCUCCACCCACAAGGGCUUGGGAAUCUUCAUUCUUGUUCUUGGCUGCCUCCAGGUGAUGGCAUUUUUGGCUCGACCGGAAAAGGGAUCGAAAGUGCGAGAAUAUUGGAAUUUGUAUCACCAUAACAUGGGGCGAAUUUUGAUAAUUUUUGCGAUCGCGAAUGUUUUCUACGGAAUUCAUUUAGGCGAAAAGGGGAAGCAAUGGAAUGUUGGUUAUGGAAUUACUAUUGCUCUUCUACUUGUAGUUCUCAUUGUUUUGGAGAUACAAAAGUUUAGGAAGUGAUGACAUUUCUUUUUACCCUUUCUGUAUUUAUUUGUUUCCACAGAGAAUAGGUUAAAGGGUGGUGGAGUUUGAACUUUCUCCUUGUAAUUUAAAUUUGUUUGUUUCAUAAUUUAUAUGUUGCUCAGUUCUCUUGAAA